AUGCAGUCCGCCCUCCGGAACUCGCUUCGCGCGGCCGCCGGCCGUCGCAUCGCCCCUGCCGCUCGCUCGUACGCUACCGCCAAGCCCGCCGCUUCGGAGGUCUCGUCGAUCCUCGAGUCGCGCAUCGCCGGCACCUCGGUUGCUGGUGACGUCCAGGAGACCGGCCGUGUCCUCACCAUUGGUGACGGUAUCGCCCGUGUCUACGGCCUCCGCAACGUCCAGGCCGAGGAGAUGGUUGAGUUCUCGUCGGGUGUCCGCGGCAUGGCUCUUAACCUCGAGGCCGACAACGUCGGUGUUACCAUCUUCGGUAACGACCGUCUUAUCAAGGAGGGUGACACCGUCAAGCGUACCGGUGAGAUUGUCGACGUUCCCGUGGGCCCCGAGCUCCUCGGCCGUGUUGUCGACGCUCUCGGCAACCCCAUCGACGGCAAGGGACCCAUCAACGCCAAGCAGCGUUCCAAGGCCCAGACCAAGGCCCCCGGCAUUCUCCCCCGUCGCUCGGUCCACGAGCCCAUGCAGACCGGUCUCAAGUCGGUUGACGCCCUCGUCCCCAUCGGCCGUGGCCAGCGUGAGCUUAUCAUUGGUGACCGUCAGACCGGCAAGUCGGCCGUCGCCCUCGACACCAUUCUUAACCAGAAGAAGUGGAACGACGGCUCGGACGAGUCCAAGAAGCUCUACUGUGUCUACGUCGCCGUCGGCCAGAAGCGCUCGACCGUCGCUCAGCUCGUCAAGACCCUUGAGGAGAACGACGCCAUGAAGUACUCGAUCGUCGUCGCCGCUACCGCCUCGGACGCCGCUCCCCUCCAGUACCUCGCUCCCUUCUCGGGUGCCGCCAUGGGCGAGUGGUUCCGUGACAACUCGCGCCACGCCCUCAUCAUCUACGAUGACCUUUCGAAGCAGGCCGUUGCCUACCGUCAGAUGUCGCUUCUUCUCCGUCGUCCCCCCGGUCGUGAGGCUUACCCCGGUGACGUCUUCUACCUCCACUCGCGUCUCCUUGAGCGUGCCGCCAAGAUGAACGAGAAGUACGGUGCCGGUUCGCUCACCGCCCUCCCCAUCAUUGAGACCCAGGGUGGUGACGUUUCCGCUUACAUUCCCACCAACGUCAUCUCGAUUACCGACGGCCAGAUCUUCCUCGAGGCUGAGCUCUUCUUCAAGGGUAUCCGUCCCGCUAUCAACGUCGGUCUCUCGGUCUCGCGUGUCGGUUCGGCCGCCCAGACCAAGCUCAUGAAGUCGGUCGCCGGUUCGCUCAAGCUCUACCUCGCCCAGUACCGUGAGGUUGCCGCCUUCGCCCAGUUCGGUUCGGACCUCGACGCCUCCACCCGUUUCCUCCUCAACCGUGGUGCCCGUCUUACUGAGCUCCUCAAGCAGCCCCAGUACACCCCCAUGCCCACCGAGGUCAUGGCUCCCCUCAUCUACGCCGGUGUCAACGGUCUCCUCGACAACGUCCCCACCAACAAGAUCACUGCUUGGGAGAAGUCGUUCACCGAGGUCCUCAAGUCGCAGCACCAGGCUCUCCUUGAGAAGCUCUCCGGCGGUGUCCUCACCAAGGAGAUUGAGGAGGAGAUGAAGAAGAUCAUCACCGCCCACGUUGCCGACUUCAUCGCCUAA